GAAGUUAUUCGGGGUUCUUUCUGAUGAUGACUCACGUCUGAUGUGAGAUCUGCAUAUAUAGAUGGAGGCAAGGAACAUUCCAACAAAGUGAAUGGCAGAGCCAAGUUUGCGUUUUCCUUCAUCUAGUUAAUCAAGUAAAGAAUUCCCUUAAUAUAAGACGAGGAUCAGCGAAAUAUAUUCUUGCUUCUUCACCAUAGAAAAGACCGGGACCGGGUUCCUAGCUUCAUUGUCAAAGGAGCUCCCACAGUCCCAAUAUCAGCUGUCCCUCCAAGGUAUGUAAUUCUCACUUUGUUUUAUUGUCAUUUUUAAGCAUUAUAAAUCUGUAAUGCACUUUAUAAUAUGUAAUGUUAUAGUAAAAAACAAGGGUUUGAAUUACAUUUAAACAAAAUUUUUUAUUUGUAAUCUAAUAUUGAUGUACAGUCCCAAAAUGCGAAGGCUUAUCCAAGGACUAAGAUCAUGCCAGGAAACAGUCAAGCUGUCGAUUCUAAAAAAUUCACGAGGCAGAGUCUCCAUUGAAGGGAAAAACAUGCUCUCACGUUUUGGUUGUGUCACUUCCUCUCAUCCCAUAGAAAUGCAAGAGAAGGGAUUAGACAACAUGACUGUUGCAGAUGUACUAAUGACAAAGGGAGAAGAAAAUGUUGGGUCUUGGCUUUGGUGCCGCAUCAAUGACAAUGUCGAUGAUGCCAUGAAAAAUAUGGCAGAACAUAACAUUGGGUCAUUGGUGGUGUUAAAACCAGGAGAGCAACUACAUAUUGCUGGAAUCAUCACAGAAAGAGACUACCUGAGGAAGAUCAUUGGGCAAGGAAGAUCACCUAAAUUCACGAGAGUAGGGGAAAUCAUGACCGAGGAGAGCAAGUUAAUUACAGUGAAAUCUGAUACAAGCAUUCUUCAAGCAAUGCAACUUAUGACAGACAAUCACAUUCGGCAUGUUCCGGUCAUAGAUGGGAGAAUAGUAGGCAUGGUUUCUAUUGUAGACGUUGUCCGAGCAGUGGUGGAACAACAGAAGGGAGAAUUAAAGAGAUUGAACGAGUUCAUUAAAGGAGACUACUACUAGAAUUCUACAAAAGUUUGGCUGACAGAAUUCAAACGAGAACAAUGGCUUCAAAAGGUUCCUAGAAACCAACUUCAUGUUACUUAUGCUCACAUCUUGGAACUGGGAAAUGACUUUUUUUCUCUUUCUUUAAAUAAAUAAAAAGGAAAAACACGAGAUGAAUGAAAAACGGUAUAGCUGCCAACCCCAGGAUGGCACAAAUACCUCUUCCUGUGUGGAUCAAUAAAGACAGAAAAUUGCAAAUAGAAAAGUCUAGAAAAGACACACCUAUAUUGGUGUGAG